AUGGCACAGUUUGUCCUAGGCCUCAUAACUAUUGUCCCCUGGGGCGUUCUCCUCGUCUUCGACGCAAUCCUGUACCUUUACCACUUGCUUCUCUAUGAACUCCCCGUUGUCGGUGGUCGCGCGCGCGGACAGCAGCGUCCUCGGGCACCGAGCUUUAAUGAGGGACCUGUGAGGGUUUUGGGGUUGAGCGGGGUUGAUGAUCCGGACGAUGAAGAGGGUGAGGAAGGGCUGCAUGCAGAGGGGAAGGAGGCGGAUACUGAUCCUCGCGAUGGGAAAGAGAAUUUGUCUUCUGGGCCGCAGGUUGCGGAAGAUGGGGAUCUCAAGCGGAGGGCCUCGCCGAGGUCUUCAUGA